AUGGCUCCAUUCUUGAACCUCGUCCAUGCCCUCUCCCUCUUCACCCGCGCCCCAAAAUACCCACCUUACAUGACUAUAACCACCGAACCCCAAGCCCCAUGCCGCAUCCAUGCAGACAACAUGCCCUACAGCGUCCACUCCUUCGGCGCCAACGUCAAGCUCAACGUCUCAUGCUGGACGACCUCCACAAUGCAAGACAACAAAGGGCGGCUAAAUGACAACGAAGGCUCGUUUACCUAUCUCUGGGUGAAUACGAACGGGUCAUUCGGCGAGCCGGACUUCCUUUCGUACCCUGGGGUGGGGAAUGCCGACACGGGCGGGAAGGCGAGAGGGGAAGGCUGCUGGUUGCAUGAGGAUGCCGUGAAGGAGGGGGAGGAUGUCGAUUUUACGGAGGCGUUGGAGUGGUGUGGGGAGGCGCCGCAUCAUCAGGUCUUCCAGCUGGCGAGUGCACGGAUUGACGAUGAGAGGAAAGGCUUCUUCAAUCCAUUUUAG